GGUGUUCCAAUCCCCUCCAUAUCAUGUGAUUCAGGUGUUCCAAUCCCCUCCAUAUCAUGUGAUUCAGGUGUUCCAAUCCCCUCCAUAUCAUGUGAUUCAGGUGUUCCAAUCCCCUCCCAAGCAUGUGAUUCAGGUGUUCUAAUCCCCUCCCAAUCAUGUGAUUCAGGUGUUCCAAUCCCCUCCAUAUCAUGUGAUUCAGGUGUUCCAAUCCCCUCCAUAUCAUGUGAUUCAGGUGUUCCAAUCCCCUCCCAAUCAUAGUCAAUAGCUAAAGACCUCCAAACUUGGUGUGGCCUUCAGAUGAGCCCAACAACAGUGUGUAGAGAGCUUCAUGGAAUGGGUUUCCAUGGC